AUGGCUAACAACCAAGACGUCUCGACUCAGCUCUCCAACCUCAAAGAUGACAAGGCCUCCGUCACCUCGCAGGCAGUCGGAACUACCUUCGUCCUGAGCGCCCACGAACAACAUAUUCGAGACGAAUAUGCCAAGUUCUCUCCCGAGGAAGCUCGAGAUAUAGAGAAGAAGCUCAAGCUGAAGCUUGACCUGAGGCUGUUUCCUACGCUGAUGAUCAUGUACAUUCUAAACUACAUCGAUCGAAAUGCCUUGCCAAUUGCGAAACUUGCCGGAAUUCAGCAGGAGCUUGGGCUGUCUUCGACGGAAUAUAGCACAUGCUUGUCUAUUCUCUUCGUCGGAUACCUUCUCACGCAGGUCCCUAGCAAUCUCUUUCUGUCGCAAGUCCCUCCUUCUAUUUAUCUGCCCAGCGCCAUGGCUGUGUGGGGCGUCGUGUCCGGUUGUACAGCCUUAGCCCAUAGCUACGGCGGUCUUGUUGCCGUCAGAUUCAUUCUCGGAUUUUGCGAGGCGCCUUUCUUCCCUGGAGCCGUAUAUCUGUGCUCGUCUUGGUACAAGAGCAAUGAGUUGAGCUUGCGUGUGGCAUUGCUGUUUGGAGGAAGCAUGCUCUCCGGGUCUUUCGGGAGCUUGAUGGCAAUUGGCAUCACGGAGCGUAUGGAUAACGUUGCCAAUAUAUCUUCUUGGAGAUGGCUUUUUAUCAUCGAAGGUGCCCUUACUGUCGCCGUUGCUGGAAUCUGCUACUUCACACUUCCAAACUAUCCUCACAAUACACGGCAUGUAAACUCUCAGCACCGACUUUUGGAAGAUCUGGGCAACAGUUCUGAUAAAACUUCAAUGAGAACUGGGUUCAAGCUGAUGAUCAAGGAUCCCAAGGUGGGAAUUCUAACACUGAACCAUCUUCUGAUCACCAUCUGUGCCUCCUUUACCAACUUCUUCCCAACUAUCAUGGCAACUCUUGGGUUUCAGAGAAAAAUCACGUAUGCACUUCUCUCGGUCCCAUACCUGAGCGGUUUCUGCAUCGUUCUGCUUACCUGCUGGUAUGCAGACCGCAUCAAGAAGCGCACAUGGCCAAUCGUCAUAAACUUGGCUGUCUGCAUUGUCGGUCUAGCCAUCAUGGGAGGCACCCUGGCAGUCCCCGCACGCAUCAUCGCAAGCAUUCUCAUGAUCUCGGGUAUCACGAGCGCGUCAAACAUGAACCUUGCGUGGAUCGGCAGUUCCAUCCCAGCGCCGGCACCAAAGAGAGCGGCUUCUAUUGCCUGUGUCAACAUGGUGGGCAACGUAGGCAAUGUUAUCGGCGGCUACCUCUUCCCAGACAGCCAGGCCCAGCGCUACCCUAUGGCCAUUGGAGUCGAGGGAGGUGCUGCUAUCCUUGCCAUUGGCGGAGUUGUCUUUUUCUGGUGGUAUCUGAAGAAGCAGAAUGAGAAGCUGGCUUCAGGAGAAGAAAAUGCCCACAAGGCUGUUGGAAUUUCUGAUAGAGAUUUCAGAUAUGUCAUUUAA